AUGAACGAACUAAUGUACGAGGAUAAAAUGCUGCAACAACUCUCUAACAAUAUUUUUUACAAAGUUGUUAGAUACGAUCUCACCUCUACUUUGCAACAAGAAGUAAAAAAACUAACAACUGAGUGGUUUAAAAGCAAAUUUAUCUCUGAUCAACUGAGACGUCAAAUUGCAAAAACGGAUUGCCUACCACCUAGAGCUUACGGACUACCGAAAAUUCACAAACCCGAUACACCGGUACGAAUUAUUGUGUCCUUCACUGAUAGUCCGACUAUUAAUUUGGCUCGUUUCCUCAGUAAAUGUAUAGGUAACAACAUCAUACCUCCCUUGUCACGGAUAAAAGAUAGUUUUGCUGUGGUGAAUGCUAUUAGGGACCUUCGUCUUCCAGCUGACCAUAUUUUAGUUUCGCUGGAUGUUGUAUCCUUAUUCACUAACGUACCACAAGAUCUUGCUAUCAACGCUGUCAAACAGCGCUGGCAUCAGCUGGUGGACAAAAUUCCGGUCCCACUUAACGAACUCUUAAAAGCAUUGCAAAUAUGUUUUAAGGCUGCCAUAUUUGAAUUUAACCACAACAUAUAUGCUCAAACGUAUGGCUUACCGAUGGGCUCACCGCUCUCUCCAAUUUUGUCUGAUUUGGUUUUGGAUGACCUUGAACAAUACUGUCUUAACAAACUAGACUUCAAGCCUUCAUUCUUCUUCAGAUAUGUAUAUGACAUAAUUACAGCUGUCCCGUCGCAUAAAGUCGCAGAAAUGCUUUCAGUUUUCAACAGUUGCCAUCCGAGACUACAAUUUACAUCUGAUUUAGAGUCUAAUCACCAAAUUAGCUUUUUAGAUGUCCUGAUUAUUAAUGACAAUCAGCUCAUUAACACUGAUUGGUUUCAUAAGGCUACUUGGUCACAAAGCAAGUACUAUGUAAAAAUGACUAUCCACCUCGCCUGCUGA